ACAUGACAAACUAUGAAGAGGCAGUUAAAGAUGGCCGCCACCGUCAGCAGUUUGAAAGUUACAAGCUUGCGCCGCUUAUGUCCCGUGUUUUGUUUAAAAAACGGGUAUUUUUUAGUAUUCCUGCUUGUAACCAUUUGUAAUUUUCAGCGCUUCUCAGCAGCAGCAGAUGAACAUGACUUUACGGAGGACUUUUUUAAGAAGGAGUAUUCUCUGGCCAAACCAUACAGCGGGCUGGGAUUCUCUAGUUUUUCACAGUGGGACCUCAUGGGAACUGCCAUGGUGACACCCGAUUACGUCCGGUUGACCCCUGACCUGCAGAGCAGACAGGGAGCUGUGUGGAGCCGUGUUCCUCUUAUUUUGAAGGAUUGGGAACUCAAGGUGCACUUUAAAAUCCACGGCCAGGGGAAAAAGAACCUAAAUGGUGAUGGACUGGCCAUUUGGUUGACUAAAGACCGUAUGAAUAACGGAGCUGUGUUUGGAAACAUGAAUCAGUUCACUGGACUGGGAGUUUUUCUGGACACCUACCCCAACGCUGAAAAGAGCCAUGAUAGGAGUUUUCCAUACGUAUCCGUGAUGCUCGGGAAUGGGAGCCUGGUCUACGACCACGACCAGGACGGCCGUCCUACUGAACUGGGCGGAUGUUCAGCUCUGGUGCGGAACUCGGUUCAUGACACGUUCCUCCUCGUCAGAUACUCCACAAAAAGACUGACGGUCAUGGUUGACGUCGAUGGUAAAGGCGAAUGGAGAACAUGCACCGACAUCACAGGACUGCGCCUUCCAAGCGGUUACUACUUUGGAGCCUCCUCUGCGACAGGAGAGCUGUCAGAUAAUCAUGACAUCAUCUCCAUGAAGUUAUACCAGCUGACCAAUGAGCCGACUUCUGAGGAAGCUGAAGAGGAGGAGGAGGUCACCAUUCCGAGAGUCGACAACAUGGAACAAUUUCAAGUAAAAGUGGAAGAAGGAGGAGAAGGAAUGAGCGGACUGCAGCUUUUCUUCACCCUCCUCUUCUCCAUCAUGGGUCUGGGCGUGCUGGGCGUCGUGGCGAUGAUCCUUUACAGCCGCUGGAAGGAAAACAAGCGCAAACGUUUCUAUUGACGACGGGCAGGUUCUCAGAGUCUGGACUCACAAUAAACACUGAUGUGUCUCUGAA